UAAAAGCAUGCUAACCGAGUGUAAUGAGCUGCUGACAAUACCUGUCCCUGGUUUGCGGAGGAGAUAAGAUGACUCCAUGAUCAGAGUCUUUAACCGCGCCCACUAAUCGACUUAAAAGCUACUAAAGGUCUGAGACAUUGCCAAAGGAGUCGUGACAACAGUCUACUAGUCUGCUCUAAGUCGUUCACAGCUAUUCUUUGUGCAGGAGGUCAAGCAGAAGAGCCAUGGGGUUUGAAGAGUUACUUCAGCAAGCGCAGCCUCACUACGGAACAGCUGCUCUGGUCACAGGUGCUGCCUGUGGUGUGGGAGCUCUCAUAGUUCUGUUGCAGAAGUUCAAUAACCACCAAAAGACGAAGGAGAAGAUCCGGAGAGCGAGAGCAAGGAGGGACGAGAGCCUGCAUCGGGCUGAGCAGGCUGUGCUCCAGUACAAGGAGUCGCAUCCCAUGACCGACUCUGCUCUCAUCUUGACGCUGUCCCUGUCUGAGUUGACAAAGCAGCUGCAGGAAGGCUCCCUAAACCCUGAGGAUGUUUUCUACUCUUACUUGGAAAAGACUCUGGAUGUAAACAAAAAACUGAACUGCUGCACUGAAAUUUUGGUGGAUAGUUUUGACCAGCUGAAAACUGUUUCCAACAAGAAAGGGCUUUUGUACGGAGUCCCAGUUAGCAUUAAAGAAAACAUUUCAUACAAGAAUUAUGACUCCUCCUGCGGUGUGCUGUGUAAUCUGGAGCUGCCUGCUGAGAAGGACAGUGUGUUAGUUGAAGUUCUGAAGAGACAAGGAGCUAUUCCUUUUGUGAAAACCAACGUGCCCCAAGGUCUAAUGAAUUAUGACUGCAGUAACCCAAUCUAUGGUCAGACCUUGAACCCCCACAACCUCAAGAAGACCCCUGGAGGCUCAUCUGGUGGGGAGGGGGCUCUAAUUGGGGGAGGCGGCUCCGUGCUGGGCUUAGGUACUGAUAUCGGGGGUAGUAUCCGUAUUCCUUCCUCAUUCUGUGGGAUCUCCGGCUUCAAGCCAACAGUAGGUCGGUUGAGUGCGCAGGGUGUAAAUGGCCUUUAUGGAGGGCAAAAAUCAGUGCUGGCAACCUCUGGACCCAUGGCUAGGGAUGUGGACAGUCUGGCUCUGUGUAUGCAAGCCCUGCUGAGUGAUGAUAUGUUUAACUUGGACCCCACUCUUCCACCCCUACCUUUUAAUGUGCAGACAUACUUGAGCUCCAAACCACUGACGAUUGGUUAUCUAGAGAGCGAUGGCUUUUGCCAACCGUCUCCGAGCAUGGCCCGAGCCGUCAGAGAAGUCAAAGCUCUGUUAGAGCAAGCAGGGCACACUUUGGUGCCCUUCAGUCUUCAGAAUGUGGGCCAGAGUUUCUAUGAACUGGUGAUGAGGGGUGUUACUGCUGACGGUGCAUACUCCUUUGCUCAAAAAAUGAAGACAAGCCCUCUGGACCUCAGUAUCAGACCACAGUUUGUCCCUAUUUAUGUCCCUGUAUGGUUGCGGAGAACCCUUUCAUUCCUCCUCAAGCCAUUGUCUCCUCGUACUUCUGCCAUACUCAGUGCUUUCUGCGGUGUUGGAUCUGUUGCAAAUCUGUGGAAGCAGCAUGUAGCUGUUGAGGAUUACAUUAAAGAGUCGAUAGAGGAUUGGCGACGAAGCAACAUAGACGUCCUGCUGUACCCUGUGAUUGGACCAGCCUACAACUUCUUAUACUGCUGCAAGAAUACCCAGCUUUGCUCUUACACGAUGCUCUUCAAUCUCCUCAACUUUCCUGCGGGGGUUGUCCCUGUUUCCACGGUGACGGCAGAAGAUGAGGAGGAGCUGAAGCACUAUAAGGGCGUUUAUCAGGACGUCUGGGACAAGAGUUUCAAACGGGCUGUGACUGGAGCCGAGGGUCUGCCUGUGUCAGUGCAGUGUGUCGCCCUGCCGUGGCAGGAUGAGCUCUGCCUGCGCUUCAUGAAGGAGGUGGAACAACUGGUCAAACAGAGCAGGAAGUAAGGCCUGCAGGCCAGAGGUGGGGAUGCACACCUCAGGGGCAUCAGCGUAAAUUUUGUUUAUAUAUAGAAAAAAACAGUGAAUGUGAAAACACAAAAAGUCCCUGAAAUAAUUAAUAAUAAAGAUUUUUAAGAUAGAUAUUACUGCUCAAAUUGCGUCAACAAAAUAACAACAACUGUUAAUAACAUUUAAACUAGAUUAAAAAUAAGUACGUAUAAUUUAGAAAGUCGAUGGUUAUUUGAUAUUCUCUAAUAAAAUAUUAUUAUGCAAACAUGAACUAAGCUCUUGGAUGCUUAGUGACUUUAUAGAGGCUUAAUAAAAACAGUUAAAGGUCGUGAUCAUUUUGACUGAUUAAAACGGUUUACAUUGUUUGUAUUUGUAAGUUGACAUAACUUCAAGAUUUAAACAUUGUAUUAAUCUGUAUGGAAAUUAAACAUUCUGUACUGUUCAUUACUGGACACAAUUGGUGAAAUGUUGGUGGGUUUUUAGCUUUGCACGAAGAGAAACUAAAAUCCCUUCAAUAAAAAUAAAGAUCAUUUCACCAUCAGGGCAAAGAGGCACUCCGUCCACAUGUCAUAAUGAUGUUAAAAACGUGUAUUCAUUGAAAUUAAUAUUGAAUCCUCAAUCCUGUUUGUGUCUUAAAAAAGAACUGUCAGCUUUCUCUUGUAUCAUGUAUAAGAAUAAAAUAAACUGAUCACUCCAAGAGCAA